AUGUCUUCUAUAUUUGUCACACUCAUCAAGGACCCACUGGCUGGAGCUAAUGUUAAUGGUAUUAAUAAUUGCUUGGCAAGAGCUGCAAUCGAAGGCUUAACUGAAAUCCUUAAGUGCUUGUUGGAGGCUGGUGCAAACCCAAAUCGUCCUGAUGAGUGUGGUAGAAUGCCAAUAGAGUUAGCUGCUUUGUGUGCUACAAAGGAAGAUGUCGAGCUUCUAUUUCCUUUCACCUCCCCAAUUCCAGAUGUAGCAGACUGGAGCGUUGAUGGGAUAAUCAAUCAUGCCAAACUGGAGAGCAUGCAGCUAAUGGAUGAUGAGGCGGUUGACAUGAGGAAGUCCGACCUGAAACAGCAAGGGGAUGAAGCAUUUGAAAAACAGGAUUACACAAAUGCGUCGGUGCUCUACACAAAGGCACUCAGGGCUGAUCCUUCUGACCGUAAAAUGCUCGCCAACAGGAGCCUCUGCUGGCUCCGCUUAGGUGACGGGCAGAAGGCUCUGGAGGACGCGAUUAAAUGCAAGCUAAGUAACAAAGACUCGGCAGAGGCGCACCACCGCGAAGGAGAAGCUCUGAUCAUGCUGAAGGAGUAUGAGAAAGCUUGUGAGGUCCUUACGCGCGGCCUCGAGCUGGACCCCGAGAACGACGAGAUGGACAAGCUGUUCUGGGAGGCGAUGAAGCUGAAGAAGAACUGAUGCAUGGGCGUUGCCGUUGCUGCGAAACCGAAGCCCUUUUUUUUGCGUUUCUCGUAGAUGGUAACAGACUACUUUCAGUCGGGAGUAGCAGCAGCAUGUUGCUGUGCUGUUAAGCUUGAAACUACAACGGCUGACAUGAUGUGUCAUUUUAGUGAAGGGCUAGUAUGCUCUAGAACUAGUAGGAGCAACAGUCGGUUUGACAGCU